CGGCAGAGCUCCUCAGUUCAGAUGUGGUUAGGAGACAGUCCAGGUUGUCUCUCCUCCUCUUCCUCCUCCUCCUCCCCUCCUCCUCAUCCAUCCAUCCUCCUGCGCUCUUUGGACAGCCGCGUCUCCGCGCGCAUCGCUCCAGCUGCCCCACACCUCCUCCUGCUUCAGCAGCGUGCUCCAGCUCGGAGGCUACUCUCGGUCUGAGCAUCAUGCCUGGCUCAAAGGCUCUCAGUAGCGAGCAUCUGUAGCGUUCAAAACGGAGACAGAUCGUGGGUGGGGGGGGGCUCGGAGCCGGAGCUGAUCGCUGCCAGCGGCGCGCCUCUGCGCAAUGGAUUUACUGMUGCUGGGAAGUUGGAUUUAAGAGGGGAGAAAAAGCUUUGUGGAUCCGUCUGCAGCGGACAGGAUGGGGGGGCAUCUUUAGAGAGGCGCUUUGGAAUCACACACACACACAAAGGAAAUGCACAGAGCGUGGAUAUUCUUCUUUUUCAUAGAAGAGGGUUUUGCUCUGGCGCAGAGAACCAAAGAUUCUCUGGGUGACCCUGGCGGUCUGAAACCUAACCAGAACGACUGCGGCACGUGGGUGCGCAACAUCAAUGGCGGGGUGUUCAUGUCGCCGAACUACCCCAACACUUAUCCUCCCAACAAGGAGUGUGUUUACAUCUUGGAAGCUCUCCCCAGACAAAGGAUUCAGCUGGCUUUUGAUAAAAAUUACUACAUCGAGCCAUCGUUCGAGUGUCGCUUUGAUCACAUCGAAAUACGUGAUGGGCCGUUUGGGUUCUCGCCGCUCAUUGAUCGCUUCUGCGGUGGAAAGAAUCCGGGCCUCGUUACAUCCACGGGGCGUUUCAUGUGGGUCAAGUUCACCAGUGACGAGGAGCUGGAAGGCCUCGGCUUUCGCAUCAAGUACACCUUUAUUGCAGACCCUGAUUUCCAUCUGCACGUGGGCGGACUGCUGAAUCCAAUUCCAGACUGUCAGUUUGAAAUUGGCGGAUGGGAUGGGAUUAUUCGCUCCAGUCAGGUGGAAGARGAAGAACGAGUGAAGCCUGGUGAUGCUCUGGACUGUAUCUGGACCAUAAGAGCUCCUCCUAAGUCCAAGAUCUACCUGCGCUUCAUUGACUACCAGAUGGAACACUCGAACGAGUGCAAGAAGAACUUUGUGGCCGUGUACGACGGCAGCAGCGCCAUCGAGAACCUUAAGGCCAAGUUCUGCAGCACGGUGGCCAAUGACCUGAUGUUGGACAAUGGUGUGGGAGUCGUACGAAUGUGGGCCGAUGAGAAAAGCAGACUUAGUCGUUUCCGAAUGCUUUUUACCUCUUAUAUUGACCCUCCCUGUACAGCCAGUACAUUUUUCUGCCACAGCAACAUGUGUAUUAACAACACGCUGGUGUGCAACGGCAUUCAGAACUGCGUCUAUCCAUGGGACGAAAACCACUGCAAAGAGAAGCGUGCUAAGGGUCUUUUCCAUCAGAUCACUAAGACACACGGGACCGUUAUUGGUGUGUCUUCGGGCAUAGUUCUCGUUCUUCUUAUAAUCUCUAUUCUUGUCCAGAUGAAGCAGCCAAGGAAAAAGGUUGUGGCUCGGCGGCCUGGCGUCUUCAACAAAGCUGGAUUCCAGGAGGUCUUCGACCCACCCCACUACGAGCUCUUCUCCCUCCGCGACAAGGAGAUGUCCUCAGACCUGGCUGACCUCUCCGAGGAGCUGGACAGCUUCCAUAAGAUGCGGCGCUCCUCCACCAUGUCCCGCUGUGUCCACGAGCACCACUGCGGCUCACAAGGCUCUGUGGCAACAGGCAGCGGCAGCGUGAAGCACAGCCGGACCACCCUGAGCUCCAUGGAGCUGUCCUACCACAAUGACUUCUCCAAGCCCCCUCCCAUGAAGACGUUCAACUCGACCUCCACCUACAAGAAGAGCUGCUACGGCUACAAGCAGCACGCACAGACUCACGACUGCGACCAGCAGGUCAUCGAGGACCGCGUCACCGAGGAGAUCCCGUGUGAGAUUUACGGGCGUGGCGCGACGGGACUGGGAGGCGGAGCCACAGGCGCAGGGGCGAUGGGAGGAGGGGGUGCGUCCGGGAUCGCCGGCGGAGGGAUCGGAGGAGCCGUGGGGAUCACCGGAGGCGUGGCCAUGUCUGGUGGGAUGGGCAUAGCGGGAGGCAUUAGUAUGGCAGGACCCAGUGGCAUCGCUGGAGGCAUUGGUGGUGGGAUGGCAGGAGCCUGUGGGACCCUCAGUAUUCGUGGCAACAGCGCUCGCAACAGUACCACCCUAGUUGACCCCCAACAGCGCUCCAUAUCCAUGGACUUCUAGAUGGAGAAAGGGGAACGAAAUGCAGGCAGACCUCGAAACAAAGAAAACUGAUCACCCCUGCUUCCUUUCAUUCGGUCGUCACGCAACAUUUACAGAUUUUUUUGUUAGUUUAACACUCCCUUAUAGUCUGACGGAGGCUAAAUGGGAGAAACUGAGGAAAUAUAAGAACAACAAAACUGAGGAAACUACAGAUCAUUCUCUAUGUGAUUUAAAGUGAAGACGGUGCGCUGUCCCGUCAUUAGAGACAACCAGAACAUGUUCUCGCAUGUACACCCAAACUGAUCUGUUUGGUUCCUUCAACAACUCAGAAAAGCUGUAACAGACUGAGAUUUGACAUUUAUUUACCUGCCAUGCACAAAUAUACAAUCUAUAGUGCAUAUUCUAAUAAAUUAUUUAAGUCUUUUUUUUGUCAGUGUACUGUACUAUUACAACCAGUGUCUAUCCAGCCUCAUGGUGAUGCUUGGCUUCUAACUCUUUGAUUUCAAUUGUUGCUUAUGAAGGUAGAUUAUCAGUGACAUGUUGUGUUGAGGACGAUGAGAAAGUUACUCUUGUCAAAAAUGAUAAUAAAAUAUGAUGAUUAUGACAAUGUUAUAUUAUAAUAUCACCCUGURGUUUUCAUGGUUACCUCACACAAACAGGGGAUAUGCUUCACUCUCUCCUCAGGAUGAGCACAUGAAGAGACUCUUAUUUUGGUAAAUAAAUUUAAAAAAAAAUACAGGGAAAAAAAAUCUAUUUCUGCUGUGAGUUUUGUGGCGUCCAGAGACUCAGGUCAUGAGAAUGGAAAAUAAAGUGUAUGUUUUUGAAGCCUAAAAUGAAUCAAAAGCAAUCAUUUUGACCCCACCCUGCUUAUGAAAUGAAAAAAAGAAACAUUUUGAUUUGAUUAUUUCCCCUUUGACCUGAGUGUGUAAUACAAGCACAACCUGUUCCCCUGAGUGACACAUGUAGCCUGUAUUAGACUCAUUUCUGAUUUUUAACCACUGGUUGUAUAAUUUCAUUCUGUUGAAUUAAACAAGAGUUUACUCACA